AUGCCUGCCAUUCCACAACACGUAAAUCAAUUGAUGCGAAUCGAUAAGCUAAGUAAAGAAUGGGCUAGAACGCACGCCCAAUCAUGCGCUGUGUUUUCAUUGUUAGUAAACAUUGAAACACAAAGAGAAGCUACUUUAUCGUUCACAUCAAACCCACCUUCGUAUCUUGAUUCCAAAACCAUUAAUCUGCUCAUCUACAAACAGACUGGCGAGAUCGCGGAUAAUGUUUUGCGUAUCCAUAGAUCACUCGACGAAUUCGCCAAAAUCGUCAAAUCAAUGCGAAUGGCUUUACACGAAAUAUCAAAGCUAGUGUUAGCGUCGUCAGCCAAAACAAACAUAGACGAUGCGUUGGUGGUAUCUGAUCUGUCCGUUGACUCGGCACAUUUGUAUGCAACACGUAUAAUCGACAUGUAUGAGAAAGAAUUAGCAUAUAAACGUGGUCUCGUGUUUGGUGGGUUGACAUUAGACAAUGUUGAAAUAGUAACAAAAGUUUGGGAGAGUUGGGCAGGUCAAUCACGGAUCAAUUUUGAAGUCGAAGAAGAUGUCAUGGAUAAGAUCAAAGUAUGGCAGAGAUGCGGUGAAUAUGCAAAUAUUCAAAGAAAAACAGUGAAAAAGCGAAAAUAG